AUGGCUUCCAUUUUGCCUGCUUCUAAUAGAUCCAUGAGGCCUGACAAGAAUGCAUAUGAGAGUCCAGGGCCCUGGGCUAGGUCACCUGGUUUCCUGUACAGACCAGGCUGCCUUCAAAUCCACAGGAGAAGGUCUGUGUACGUAAAGAAUCCAUACCUGGAUGCUAUGGAUGAAGACAUUCUCUAUCACUUGGAUUUAGGAACCAAAACACACAACCUGCCAGCAAUGUUUGGAGACGUAAAGUUUGUCUGUGUUGGUGGGAGCCCGAACAGAAUGAAGGCAUUUGCACAGUUUAUGCACAAGGAACUCCGGUUGGAGGGAGAUGGAGAAGACAUUGAAGACAUCUGUGCGGGGACAGACAGAUACUGCAUGUUCAAAACAGGCCCUGUGCUCUCCGUCAGUCACGGGAUGGGCAUCCCCUCCAUUUCUAUUAUGCUCCACGAACUCAUCAAAUUACUCCACCAUGCACGCUGCUGUGAUGUUACCAUCAUCAGAAUUGGAACGUCAGGGGGAAUUGGGAUCGCACCAGGCUCUGUCGUGAUAACAGAUACAGCGGUAGACUCCUUCUUCCAGCCUCGGUUUGAGCAGGUCAUCCUGGAUAAUGUGGUCACCCGAAGCACCGAGCUUGACAAAGAGCUGGCUAAUGAUCUGUUCAACUGUAGCAGAGAAAUCCCCAACGUUCCAACCCUCAUCGGACACACGAUGUGCACCUAUGACUUUUAUGAAGGCCAAGGUCGCCUAGAUGGAGCGCUGUGUUCCUUUUCGAGAGAGAAGAAGCUAGACUACUUGAAGAGAGCAUACAGAGCUGGAGUCAGGAACAUUGAAAUGGAAUCGACAGUGUUCGCAGCCAUGUGUGGACUGUGUGGCCUGAAAGCUGCUGUGGUCUGUGUGACGCUUCUUGACAGACUUGAGAGUGACCAAAUCAAUUUAUCCCAUGAAGUCCUGGUGGAGUACCAGCAACGGCCACAGCUCCUGAUCUCAAAUUUCAUCAAAAAACAGCUUGGACUUUGUGACCAGAUGUCAUAACUCCA